UUGUUACUGCGUGUUCUAUAUCUAAAAAACACUUUUUUCCGAAUCCGUUUAACUUUGAUUAUUCUCGUUUCCUUGUGUGCUCUAUUUUUUGCGUGAUAGAGGACAUUGAGUCACCGAUGACAAGUCGUCUGCCGCCUAUGAAUUCGAAUUAAUGUCUGUACUACGUUGAUUGUCCGACUUAAGUAUGGAAGCUUCUUUCGACCAGAAAAUAAAUGUUGUAUACCUCGACGAAAGUCGCAGAACUCCUGUGCAUCGUGCUGCUCUGGAUGGUAAGCACGAACAGGUGGAAGAAAAAGUACGAGUCACCUCCGGACUGGAUGACCAAGAUGAACAAGAAAGGACCCCACUGCAUCAUGCGACCGAACACGGACACAGGAAAGUUUGCCACACUCUGUUACAACAUGGCGCUAACUCUUCUAUUAAGGACAGAGAACACUGGACACCACUAAUGAGUGCAUCAGACCUGGGCAAGGAACAGUCGUGCCAAGAUAUACUCACUGUUAAUCCCGAGACUGAUGACGUGAAUAUGGAUGGAGAAACAGCAUUGCAUAUUGCGUGUAGGAGAGGACAUGUGGGUGUUGUCAAUCUGCUAAUGGAUUACGGGGCAAGUUUGAAUGUUUGUAACAAAGAUGGUGUAACGUGUUUUGAGACAGCCGCCAAGUCAGGAAAGAGCGAAGUUGUGUUUGCAAUGAUAAAGCAUAAAAGAUGGAUGGAAAUAAUGGAACACAAGGAUAAGAAGGGCCUUACCCCCAUGAAGCUUCUCAUAAAACACUUCCCAGAGAGUGCACAGCUGGUCAUGGAUUACUGCAUCGAUCGAUCAGAGACAGAAAGUUCCGAUGAUCCAAAUUUUACCGUUACUUGCAACCUCCGUUUCCUAGACCCCAAUCCUACUCACACCACUUGCCUGAGAGAAAGCCGUUUCUUUGGACCGAGCACCAUGGUGAAACACGAGCGUAGAGAAUUACUCGAUCAUCCUUUGACACAGGUCUUGCUGAAUAAGAAGUGGUCUUCUUUCGGGCGCUUGGUGUUCUUCUUUAACUUUAUGUUCUAUUUUGUCUUUGUUGUCAUGAUUACAGCUUUCUUAAUCCGAUUCAUGCAGAACGGUGACAAAGAAUUGGGAGAUUAUUUUAUUUAUGUAUAUCCAAUAGCAUUUUUACUUAUAGGCGUCCAGUUCACCAAGGAAGUUAUUGCAAUACUUGUCCAGAGGCUUCAGUAUUUCACCACUUUAAACAAUCUCACUGAAUGGUUACUCUACAGUACGACGACUUCAUUCAUGGUGUCACUUUUCAUUUUCGAUCUAAUAUUUUCGUUAUCCGGCCGUGAUAAGCGUGAUAUUGUUUAUCCACAAUUCAUCUGGGUGUUGGGUGCCAUUUCGAUUUUUCUUUGCUAUGCGAACCUAGUCUUGGUUCUUCGUCGGUUGAGUCUGGUUGGAAUCUAUGUCACCAUGUUUAUAGAGCUUGGUCGGGCGGAUCGGGAAAUAUUUGACUCUGACUCUGUUUUAUUGCUUCUGAACAGAUGGAUGGAAAUAAUGGAACACAAGGAUAAGAAGGGCCUUACCCCCAUGAAGCUUCUCAUAAAACACUUCCCAGAGAGUGCACAGCUGGUGAUGGAUUACUGCAUUGAUCGAUCAGAGAUAGAAAGUUCCAGUGAUCCAAAUUUUACCAUUACUUGCAACCUCCGUUUCCUAGACCCCGGACCUACUAACACUAUUUGCCAGAGAGGAAGCCAUUUCUUUGGACCGAGCACCAUGGUGAAACACGAACGUAAAGAAUUACUCGAUCAUCCUUUGACACAGGUCUUGUUGAAUAAGAAGUGGUCUUCUUUCGGGCGCUUGGUGUUCUACUUUAACUUUAUGUUCUAUUUUGUCUUUGUUGUCAUGUUUACAGCUUUCUUAAUCCGAUUCAUGCAGAACGGUGAUACAGGAUUGGGAGAUUCUUUCAUGUAUCCAAUAGUAUUUUUACUUUUUGGCGUCCGAUUCAUUAAGGAAGUUAUUGCAAUAGUUGUCCAGAGGCUUCAUUAUUUCACCACUUUAAGUAAUCUCACUGAAUGGAUACUCUACAGUACGACGGGUUUCUUCAUGAUUUCACUUUUCGCUUUCGAUUUUACAAUUCCGUUUGACGACCCUGAGAAGCGUCAUAAUCGUUAUCCACAACUCAUCUGGGUGUUGGGUGCCAUUUCGAUUUUCCUUUGCUAUGCGAACCUAGUCUUGGUUCUUUGUCGGUUGAGUCUGGUUGGAAUCUAUGUCACCAUGUUUAUAGAGGUCACUAAGUCGGUUCUAAAAGUACUUCUAAUCUUCUUUGUCUUUUUCUUUGGGUUCUCCAUGGUGUUCUACAUCCUCUUUAAAUCAGAGGUAAGAUGAAAUAAGAGAUAAGUGUGUAUGUGAGUAAAUUUGCUUCUGUUUGUGAUUUAUGUGAGUUUUUUCCCUUUUUUAUGAUGCUCGUAAUUUAAAACCCAAAGUAAAAAUAUUCCUCAUUCUGUACCUUUUCGCGCCGUUUAUUGACUCGCUCAAUAGCAACAAGCUUGACAGAUUUGGUUACAGUAAUUAAUUAAAAUGUCACCUGAUUUUGGGCUCAAUAUGGGUGCAGCAAAUGCCUAAUCGUACCUUUUCAGUGCGCUUUGACGACAUAUAAAGCUCGCUCGGUCUUGUCAAGGGUAUCUUGGAAUCAUGACUCAACUAAAAUCGCUUCAUCUUCUAACGGAGCGCGCCAAAAAGGUACGAUUAAGGAUGAUAUAACGUUAUAGUAAGCGAAAUAUGCAAUAAUGAUAAACAAUAAACAACUCC